UGGGAAAAUAAUUUAUUACCCAUUUGCGGGUCACAAAGGAAACACAGAGGCACGCCCUGCAAAUCUUAGCUAUUUUUUUUUCGGCUUCUCGUUGAUUUUUGGAAGCUUCUUCUUCUUCAUCGAGCUCAGAAAUUUUCCUGCUUUAUUAGCUACUAUCAGGGUUUGGGGUUAGGGUUUGUUUCAGAAAAUUGUUACACUGUUACCUUGCGACGGAGGCUAUGGGGUUUCCGGUGGAACGGGUUUAGGGUUUUGAAUUCGGAGAAGGCGGUGGGGCUGAGCGUUAGGGUUUAGUGAAGGGGAUAUUUGGAUGGCAGCCGUCAAUCCACAGCCUCUGGAAGCUGGACCAUUUGAGGAGCACGGGACGGGUCCAAUACAGGUAGAAGACGAUGACGGUGACUACGAAGAUGGUGGUGAUGAUGGUAUGGAGGACAUGGAAGAGGUGCAUGUGAACCCCGUCAGCGUUGCGGAGCGUGGAGGAGGAGGAGGAGGAGGAGGAGGAGGAGGAGGAGGUGCGGGCAUGGCGUCCAGGACUAGCGAGCUCACUCUGUCUUUUGAAGGCGAGGUCUAUGUCUUCCCUGCUGUUACACCCGAGAAGGUGCAAGCAGUGCUCUUGCUGUUGGGAGGACGUGAUGUACCAACUGGUGUGCCCACAGUGGAAGUGUCUUACAAUCAGAAUCCAAGGGGUGUGGGUGACACCCCAAAGCGUUCAAAUCUUUCGCGAAGAAUAGCUUCCCUGGUAAGGUUUCGUGAAAAGCGGAAGGAGAGAUGUUUUGACAAGAAAAUUAGGUACACUGUGCGUAAAGAGGUUGCACAGAGGAUGCUUCGUAAGAAUGGACAGUUUGCAUCGUUAAAACAAACUUCAGGUGCUUCUAGUUGGGAUUCGACUCAGAGUUGUCUUCAAGAUGGCACUCCUCAACCAGAAACUGUCGUACGGAGAUGUCAGCAUUGUGGAGUUAGUGAAAAUAAUACUCCUGCAAUGCGCCGUGGACCUGCUGGGCCAAGAACUUUAUGUAAUGCAUGUGGUCUUAUGUGGGCGAAUAAGGGAACAUUGAGAGAUCUCAGCAAGGGUGGAAGGAACCUUACCAUGGACAAUAUAGAACCUGGAACACCGACUGAAGUCAAGCCUUCAGUUGUUGAAGGAGAAUUCUCCAGAAACCAGGAUGAGCGUGGCAUUCUUGAUGGUCUUUCAAAAAACGUUACUGAAGGAUCCAAUGAUGCUUCUGUCAACCCGGAUGACGAGGAAUGCAUUGCAUUUAAGGAUUUGCAUGAAACCGCUGAAGAUCUUACGAACAGUUAUCCGAUGGGGAUUGUUUCCUCAGCGAAUGAUGAGCAGGAGCCUCUGGCUGAGCUCGCAAAUCCUGCGGAUACAGAUUUAGACAUCACUACUAAUUUUGAUUAGAAGGUGAUGAUUUGUUAGCCAAUUGAUGCCAGGAUGCCGCAUCAGUUCCUCUCGUGACCUUCUGCAACAUACAGAUGAAAGUUUUUGAACGUCGUAAGUAGUCAUUUUAGGGAGUUUACGAGUUAAUCUGCAAAGAACCCCGGGAUCUUCUGAUUGGAAUGAUCUUGUGAAUGGAGGCAUAUUGCUACUUUCAGAUGACGAUAGAUAAACCGGUGGUGGUUGAAAAUUUGAUGUUUAUAUUUUUUCUUGUGUACAAGAGUUGGAAUUAGAGAUGUGGGUUGAGUGUGUUAAGCAUAUUCUAAUAUUGUUUGUAAUUUAUUUAGGUCGCAUCUAGUUUACUGAAAUGUUGGGCCGUUGAGAUCAUCACAUAAACUUACACCCAACUGAUGACUGGUAGGCUCAGUUUAUUUUUGUAUCUUAAUUAUAUACAAGGUGGUCAGAUACGCUCCUUUAUUUCCGAUUAUCAAAUUGAAUAAAUCAAAUAGAAUCAAUGAACAAGAUUAAGUAUA